CAUGAAUAAUUGAAUCUCCUUAACUAAGUUUAGACAUUCUUUCAAAAAAAAGUUUAGACAUAUAUAUUUAUAAAUUAUUUUGUAUAUUUAUAAGUUAUUUUGUACUGCCUAAUAGAAUUUUGCGAUGGUAUUUCUUUUGCAGAUCUCAAUAGAUAUUUCACCGGAAAAGUUAAUCGAGAUCAUUCGGUUAAGAAUCACAAAGAUGGAUGAGAGGAUGGAUGUUGUUUUGGAUAAAGCAGACCUCUUGUCAAAUAAUGAACAAGAAGUUCUAGAAAUUUCCGACGACCUUUGCCUUUCUCCCAACAUGAGAAAGAGAAAAUCGGUGAAUAAGUUGAUUACUAAUCUUGAUAAGGGAGAAUCAUCAACUAGAAAAAGGAGGGCUAUAACACGAACUCCACAAACGGAUGUAGCUGGAAAAAAAGAGGUUGUGACAUCAUUUUACAUACAAAUAGUUUUAUAUGUAUUGGCAUCAGAGGCGUAUCUAUGGUGUAAAUAGGGUAGACAACUGUCUACCCUCUUCAAAAAUAAUUUGAUGCAUAUAAUAACAAUGUUAAAAUCCUACCUUAGUUGGCAAUCUCCUUCAAGCAUUGUAUAUAAGCAACCCGAGUUCAAGACCCAUCGAGCAAUUUGAGUUUUUUUUUUCUUUUUAAUUUCUUUUCCGUUAAUGGGUUAUAACAUAUAAUCCUCUAGUUUGUCAAUGUAUUUACUUAUUCUGCAUUUUAUUUAUUUAACUUUUAGAAAUGAAAUUGUAAAAAAAAAAAUUACGUAGUACAAAAGAUGUAUGUUUCUAUAUUUAUAUAUUUUUAAAAGAAUAUAAUAUAAAGAUAUUUAUAACA